AACUCUGGAAUUACUCGAGAAAAUAUUUAAUUGAGAAAAUAUUUAAUUGCUGCAGAUUGCUAGGUAAUCUUCUAGGAAUUAACGACUACAAGACUAACAAAGCUGCUUUUUGGUUCUUGGACACCAUAGCUCUUCAAGUUCUACGUUUCAAAGACUGUUUAGACAAUUAUUAUAGAAGUGUAUUAAUUAGCUGGUUGGCUGGCGAAAUGAAAUUAAUUCGAGAUAAGAAAUUAUUUCGCGAAGACUUUUUUAAAGAAAUGAGGACUUUAUUUAUUUAUGUCGCUAAAAAAUUAUGUAGUGACGAUCGAUUGCCGCACUGGGAGUUACUUAUGGAUGCAUAUUCUGAAAUUAUGUCACAAAAUUCUACCAGUGAAACGGAAUAUUUAAUUACAAAUAAACUAUCUCAAAAGGAAUUAAUAACAGAGAAUAACGAACUUACGUCUCAAGAGAACAAACUUUUCUUUAUCGACUUGAAAAAUUAUGAUAGUGGAAACAGCAUGAUAAGUAAUUUACAAAAGAAAUCACCGACGAGUUCCAAAAUUUUCUUAACUACAAAGAAUUCACAAACAAAUACAAGUGGAAAUGCGAAAAUCAAAUCUUCGAAUUUAAACCCAAGUGAUGUACUAAAUAUAAUUGUUAAAGCAACAUACAGCAUGUAUGCUAAUGAAUUGCGUUAUUUCCUUAUAUAUGAAGUUUUUGUAAAACAGAUACAGUUACAGAUUUUUCAUAUGCCUCAUACUUUUCGGACAGCACGUCAAAUUAAACUUGCAGAUUCUGAAAAAGGAUUGUUUCACGUAAAACUUCGUGAACGAUUAAAAAAAAUUGCCAGUGAAUCAAUAAUUAACGAUAAUGAUGAACAAUAUAAUGAGGAGAAAACAAUUGAUAAUACAAAGGAAGAGAAAGAAGAAAAAAUGAAAGAUUUAGACAUGGAAAUUCCUCCAACACCACAAUCUUCUUUAAUGGAGGAUGAACUGUUAGCCAAUAAUCAUCGAUUUAUUCUACCAUUGAUAGAAGCUAAUGAAGCAGCACAAAUCUUCGAGAUGCAUGCAGGAAAUAUAUGACAUAAUAAACGCAAAUCCACAAGAUUGAAAAAUUUUAUUUAUUUUGUAACAUCUAAAUUUUAUUUAUUUUGUAACA